GAACAUAAAGCUCAUAUAGAACAUAGAGCUUAUACAGAACAUAAAGCUCAUACAGAACAUAAAGCUCAUAUAGAACAUAAAGCUUAUAUAGAACAUAAAGCUUAUAUAGAACAUAAAGCUUAUAUAGAACAUAAAGCUCAUAUAGAACAUAAAGCUUAUAUAGAACAUAAAGCUUAUAUAGAACAUAAAGCUCAUACAGAACAUAAAGCUCAUACAGAACAUAGAGCUCAUAUAGAACAUAGAGCUUAUACAGAACAUAAAGCUCAUACAGAACAUAAAGCUCAUAUAGAACAUAGAGCUUAUAUAGAACGUAAAGCUCAUAUAGAACAUAGAGCUUAUACAGAACAUAAAGCUCAUACAGAACCUAAAGCUCAUAUAGAACAUAAAGCUUAUAUAGAACAUAAAGCUCAUACAGAAUCUAAAGCUCAUACAGAACAUAAAGCUCAUAUAGAACAUGAAGCUUAUAUAGAACAAGAUCAAUAUUGUCAAAAUACGAUGAAACAACUUUUGAUUGAAAAUAAACCUUUCUUGGUAUAA